GAAUCCGAAACUGUGGAAUAACAGCAAAGUUAGCAAAUGACGUUUCCGGUUUGAGUCAGUUUUUCGAGUUGGAAAUUGAGAAUGUAAUUUGAAACGCUGAUUACAUUAAGUUUCCAAUACGAACAUUAGCAUAGCUCCAUUUAGAAUAUUUCUCUUCCAUAGCUGCAAGUUUGAAAGAAUUUUAGAUCACCAGAAAUGAAUACUUCAAUAAAAGAACCAGGAGAGGUGUCUUACCCAAAGCUGAAUACUGAGAGUGAUACAACAUUAGAGAAACCAGAUCUAGAACAACUCAGACAUGAUAGAUUGGAAAGGAACAUAGAAGUUAUGAAGGCAUUUAACCCUGCAAUUACUAAAGUACUUUUUCCUGGAGAGAAGAAAGAAGAAAACUAUUUAGAGCACUGUGCAACAUGCAUACAAAGACAUUUCAGAGGCUAUCAGGGUAGAAAGAAAUAUGUUGAUCUACUUUACCAACAAUUUUCUCAGCAAGAACAAGAAAGAUUUGAAAAGAUCAUGCAGCAAACAGAAGAAGGAGAACUGUUAGUGGAAAAUCACCAGUUAGAAGUUUUGUUAGAUGAUAAUACUACAACAAGAAGAAACAGAGCUAGAAAAUAUAUAUCACAUGUAAUUACGAUUCAAAGAGCUUGGAGACGUUAUUGCAAUGCAAAUGACAAAAAACAAAUUGUUGAUUCAGAAGAAAAAGAUGGUGAUAGUGAAAAGAAUGUAAUGAAGGUGACACAUUCAAAUGAAGCUUUGUUAGAUCAAAUUCAAAGUGACAAAUUUUCUAGAGAAUCAACUCCUGAUGACAGACUUGCUAGGAAUUCACUUUCACCCUGUCGGAAUAUUUUGUUAAACAAAUUGAAAAGUGACACAGACACAGAUUCUGUUUCUUCAGACUAUAGUGUUGAAAUUUUAGCACCACUAAGAGAAUUUUCUGAUGUUCAUAUCUACGAAAAGAAUGAACUGACAGAUUCUUCUGUGAGUACAGAUAAGCUAGAACGCGGAGUUAGGGAAACGGAAGAAGACUUUAGCAGACGUGUUAGGAAGACAAAUUUGCUUAGUAUUGCACAAGAAUUUGCUGAACUUAAAAAAGUAAAUGCUGAAGCUUUACCUUUUGAUUUGCACAAAAGUCAAAAUUUAGUAGAAGAAACUUCUUCUAGUGAAUGUAGUUCAGCUACAAGUUCUAAGAAUCCAUCCCAAAUGAAUACUCCAUCAGAGGUCCGUAACAAUCCAUUUCAGGAUUUAUCAGCAACUAGUGAGACAAAAACCAAAGAUCUGAACAGCAAUUCUAUCAAAGAAAUGCUAAUGAAGGAACGCAAAAACAAGUCUUCUCCAAACCAAUCUCCAAAGAGGUCUGCUGUGAAUGGUCAGUUAAAACAAACAAUUGACAUAGAUGGACAGGAGGAUGACUUUGAUGUAUACAACAUUGAAACAGCCAUUCCUCAGAUGGAUUGGGAUACCCUAGAACAACAGCUUCAGCAGGCUUCAGAGUUUGAGAGGAGAAAGAAAGAGUCCCAGAAAAAUGAUCGUGAGGAAAUCCGUAGAAAGCUUGCUAUGGGACCUGUUGAGGAUGACUUUGAAAGUGAAAUGUUUAAGAAACCAGGUUUUUCAUCCAAAUUACAGACGGGUAUGAACUUACAGAUCUGCUUCAUGAACGAAUCUCAAGGGGACAAAGAUGAGACAACUGUGUCUUUACCUGAUGUGGUUCCUGUCAUUUCAGAGACAAAAUCGGAUGCUAAAUCUACAGAAGAUAGUAAAGGAGCAAUAAAUGAUAGAGAUGAGGAUUUCUUCAAGAAACAAGCAAGAUUACAACAAGAAGCUAAAAUAGCAUUAGCACAGGCUAGUACUAUGGCUCAUAUGCAAGUAGAAGUGGAAAAACAGAAAAAGAAGAAAUCCCCUGUAGCUGAUAUAAUUGGUCUGCCAUUUUCUAACCAUCAUAGAUAUGGUAAAUCUGUUUAUGAGAUGAAUGUAGGACAGUUACAGACACUUGUCAAUGACCUUCACACACAAAUAGAAAGUAAGUUGAAUGUAGGACAGUUACAGACACUGGUCAAUGACCUUCACACACAAAUAGAAAAUUUAAAUGAAGACUUGGUAAAACUGCUUAUGGAAAGAGAUGAUCUACAUAUGAUGCAGGAUUCUAAACUUGUAGAUAUAGAAGAUUUGACAAGGAGAGCUGAAGAAAAGGCAUACAGAAUUAACAAUAAACCACAGAAGGAAAAACUUUGACACUUAUUAAAAGUGUAAUCCAUGUCUUCCUGUCAUCUGACUUGCAAAGUAGUCUCCAUUGGACAUCAUGCAUCCAAUCAAAUGAUAGACCCACCACCAUGUGACUAUGUGCCUAGCAUGCAGGCAAUGUGAUUUUAUGUAUGCAAGAAGCUAUAAUCUAGAUGUGAUAAGAGAACAGGCAUAUGUUUAAAUUUGUCACAAAAACAAGGUGUUUUUUAUUAUUUAUUUUAUAAUAUGUGCCAAAGAUUACAGCAAGUUAUUGUAUGAAAUCCAUGUAUCUGCACCAAAAAUAAAAUAAUACCAGAAAAUAAUCAUGAAAUACACAGGAAAGUAUACCAAUUUCAUGCAGACUUUAUGAAAUGCUAUAAUCACUUUUUGUAACAACUUAAUAUAGAUUGAUUUAAAAAGAUUUUUACAAGAUAUACAAAUUUCUUAAAAUUUGUAUUGUAAAACAAUAAAGUUAUGCAUAGAAAUGAUGUCCAUUCUUUUCACUAUAUUUUUUAUUUCAUUAAUAAGAAGACAGUGGGAUGAUAUCCAUUUCUUUAUCAUCAUGUUAAAAGUGUAACAAUAUUACAAAUCAUGUGAAGGUUGUAAAAUUUACCAAUAUAUAAAUAUAUAUAUGUGAACAGUUAUAUUAUAAACUUUAGUUAUGAUGUAGUCUGUUUUGAUUUGGUGAAGUAAUAUUAAUAGUAUACAUGUUAUGAAUUAUGAAAAGUUUUUAUUAAUAUACAUUAGUUAUACAGUGGAUUUUUUUGUUAAUGUAAAAUAUCUCAAUGGUAUUAAUGAUUUGUUUUCUGACAUAAUUUUCAAUCUGCUGAUAUUUAAAAAAAAAUAGAAUCUCUUUUGCUUUCUAAGUUUAUUUUAUAUGCCCCAUUUAUGGGCAGUUUUGUUUUUACAGUCUGUGCAUCCCUUUGUUCUUCUGUCUUUUUUCCUUCAGGUUCAAUGUAGUUUUUUUGAAGAAGUUGAAGUCCAAUAAACUUGAAAAUGUGUACACAUGUUGCCUUUGAUAUGAUUUUUCUAAUUUAAAUGCCAAAUUAAGAGUUUUUACCCCAAUUUUACUGUGUACUUUGGACACAUUCUUAUUCACUAUUGUCUUCAUAAUAUUUCUCAAUUUUGUCUUCAUAAGGUACAUUAUUAUGAAAAAAAUGCAGGCCCUUCAGAUUAAAAGAAACCAUUUAUAGUUUGAAUAAAAGCAAAACUCAAUUUUAUCAAAAUAACAAUCAUUAUUACUUUAAAGUCCACCUUUGAUAUGAGCCUUGAUAUUUCUUUCAAAAUUUGAAUAAAAGGAAAUACUUUGGUAAAAGGGGACAGCUUGAGAGUUUCUUGGAAAUAUUUCUUAUCCUGAUUGUUGCUCAAAUAAAUAAUGUGAUUCAGACACUGAAGAGCAAACAUUAUUAACUGGCCUUAAUUUUACUUGAAUGCACUAAGUUGUGUAUUCGAAAAUGAAUAUUUCACAACAAACUAAAAAAAUAAAUAUCUUGUUGGCAUUAUUUUGCCAGAGGAACAAUUCAGGCUCUUAAUCACCUUCUGGUAUCUCUGAAUUGUGUAUUCCAUCAACUUAAGAUGAAAAAAAAUUGAUAAUCAUCAUAGGAAAAUAGAGAAAUUUAUACCUGAAUGGUUAAAAUUUCAUGUAAACGGACGCUAACAUACAUUUUAACUCAUUAUCAGUUAUCAUCUAAUUUUCAUGGAAAUGCAAGAAAAAAAGUACAUUAUAUGUUUGCAUUUACUAAAAUUUCAUCCAAAGUUUCGAAUUUCUUUUGAAAAUGGCAUUGUUUUAAAAGUUUGGACCAAAAGAUAUCUUAAAUGGUAUACAAUGGCAUAUAUUACUUGAUUGUGAGUUAUAUUUGAAAAUACGCAAUUUUACAUUUCUGAUGCAUUAUUUUUAGAAUGUUUUUAAAGUUCAUCCUUGAAUAUCAUUAGAAUUUUUACUUACAAUUUAUCCAUAGGAAUGAAAUAUUUUGUUUUCCUUUUUUCUCUACAAUUUUAUUUUGUAAAGAUCCAUAUAAAUAAGAGUUGUGUUGGAAACAUUUUUUUCCAGAUAAUUGUUUGAUAUGAAAAGAAUUGUGGCUGUGGCACUUAUAAAUGGAUAUCUUUACAUUGAUAUGAAAAUAAUUGUGACUGUGCCACUUAUAAAUGGGUAUCAUAACAUAUUUAUUUGAAAUAGUUAGAGAGUUUUAUAAUAUUUUUUACUCUAGUAAAUAGUCAUUUCAUUUAAUUAUGAAUCUAACAAAGUUGAAGUUGAGUAGCAACAGAUAUAUACAAUUUACAACAAGAUCUAACAAAAUUUCCAACAGAUAAUUUAGUUUUUUAGAAGUCAAGGCAUAAUGUUUGAAAUCCUUGCUCAGAUUCAAAUGUAAAUUGUAUUUGAAUUUAAUGGGUUUUUUUAUGAUAAUGUUUUUUGUUAAAUUUUCUCUUGAUAUAUUCCAUAUGUUAAAAUCAUGUAUUUGUUAUGAUAGACUGAAUAUCAUGUAUUGAUAAUAAACUGCAAUUUUGUUUUAUAAAAAA